UACAAUAUUAUUAUUAUUUUUUUUCCUGGUAAACAUUGUGAACCGGAGGCGCGUGUCUUUGACGCCAUCUCCUCUGUUCAUAUAUUCUCCCUACAACCGUUUUACGUUCCCUCCCUGUCAAAUCAACUGCAUUUACUUCUCUCCCUCUGUUUCUUCCCUCUGUCACACGCUCUCACUCACAUGUGAAACCACUCUUCGCCUCCACAGAUGUGUAGCUUUUAGGGUAUGCGUUAGGAAUGCCAGGAGUUACGGAGGACUGAAGAACGCUAUAUUCGAGAAGUACAGGUUUAAGGUUAUUUUUUUUGUGGAACGAAGGUUUCAAGGUGAACAACAAUGGCUAAUCUUUAUGCAAAUCCAAAUCCUAAUAAGUCGGUUGAGGUUGUUCAACCUCCAUCAGAUUCGGUUUCUAGCCUUAGUUUCAGUCCCAAGGGAAAUUACCUCGUUGCUACUUCUUGGGACAAUCAGGUUAGAUGCUGGGAGAUCAUGAAGUCAGGGACCACUCUUGGCAGCGUGCCGAAAGCAUCUACCAAUCAUGACCAGCCUGUCUUAUGCUCGACUUGGAAGGAUGAUGGAACGACCGUCUUUUCUGGGGGUUGCGAUAAGCAAGUUAAGAUGUGGCCACUGAUGGCAGGUGGUCCAGCUGUGACCGUGGCAAUGCACGAUGCACCUGUCAAAGAGCUUGCUUGGAUUCCACAGAUGAAUCUCUUAGUUACAGGAAGCUGGGAUAAAACCCUGAAGUACUGGGAUACUCGACAACAACAUCCCGUGCAUACUCAACAACUCCCUGAUCGCUGUUAUUCUCUAACAGUUCAUCAUCCCCUGAUGGUCGUUGGUACCGCUGAUCGAAAUUUGAUUGUUUUUAACUUGCAAAAUCCUCAGACCGAGUUUAAGAGAAUCACUUCUCCCCUGAAGUAUCAGACAAGAUGUGUUGCAGCAUUUCCUGAUCAGCAAGGUUUCUUGGUAAAUACAUUGGUUUUGUUCAUCUAUGUAUGAAUUUGUUGAAUGCUUCCUUUGCUUCUAUUUCUCUUUUUUCAUUGUUUUGACAGAAACAUGGAAGCAUGUUAUUCAAUCAAGCUAGCUUCUUCAUUUUCA